AUGGCGAUCGAUCAGGUGGAAAAAGCAGUGGCCGUUUCGGCUGAAUCCGCCAAGGUUGGGGAGAGUACCUACAUUGACGGUGAUGCAGAACGAUCUUAUGUGCGCAAGGUGGACCUUUAUGUGCUGCCACUGCUGUGCCUGAUGUACUUUUUUGACUGCAUGGACCGAAGCAAUUUGGCCAAUGCAAAAACCGAUGGCCUCGACCAAGAUAUCCAUCUGGUGGGAAACGACUACUCGUUGAUGGUGCUGCUAUUCUAUAUCCCGUUCGGACUGUGCGACCUGCCAUGGAAUCUGCUGCUCAAGCGAUACGGGGGACGCCUUACAUUGUCCUUCAUGACCGUGGUCUGGGGCAUUCUCGCCCUCUGUCAAUGUGCCGUCAAAGACUUUGGCAGCAUGAUUGCCGUGCGCAUGAUCCUGGGAGUGUUUGAGGCCGGUUUCUUUGCCGGAGCGGCGUUUUACCUGACGCUGUUCUACACCCGCGGCGAGAUGGGCUUCCGGCUGGCCAUCGUGCAGUCGUUUUCCGUGCUGGCCUCGGCCUUUAGCGGGCUCAUCUCGUUUGGGGUCUUCCAGAUCAACGACCCGGCUGUGAAGGGAUGGCAGUGGCUGUUUAUCAUCGAGGGUUCCAUGACCUUUGUGACAGGCAUUGUCUGCUUCUUCUGGCUGCCUGGGAAUCCCCGGACGGCGUGGUUCCUUAAUGAGCGGGAGCGGGCCGCAGCGACAGCCCGCCAGCUCCGCGAUACUUCAUCCGAAGUCGACACUGGACUGGAUUUGAAGGCGGCAUUUGAGACGUGGAAGGACUGGAAGUUUCCGAUCUGGUGCAUCAUCACAUUCACCUAUCCGGUAGCAUAUGCGACCGCGAUGAACUUUUUCCCACUGAUUGUUGAACGGCUGGGCUUCUCGACGGUCAAGACGAACCUCUGGACGGUCGCUCCCAAUCUCGUCGGUGCCGUCGUACUGCUUUGUGUCGCUAAAUCGUCCGACUACUUCCGGGAGCGGACGUUCCAUAUCGUGUUCUCGCUGGUGGUGUCUUUGGUCGGCAUGCUCAUCCUCGCGACCAUCGACGUCCUCAACCAUAAAGGCGUCGCGUAUUUUGCCUGCUUCCUCAUGGCAGCCGGAGCGUAUAUCCCAUCGGCCCUGGUCCAUGCGUGGCACAACAACAACAACAUGCACGAAAACUCGCGCGCCGCCAACACGGGCUUCUUUGUCGGGCUGGGCAAUCUUGCGGGAAUCUUAAGCGCGGCGACCUUUCGCACCGAGUAUGCUCCAAAGUAUAUCCCCACUCUGGUGGCAACCUGCUGCUGCAACGGGGUGGCCAUCGUGACGGUGACCGGGCUGGGCUGGUGGAUGCGUCGGGAAAAUGGCCGGCGUGAUCGGCUACAAGGCCGACGAGUGCGUCCGGGCGAAGUGGACACGCGCCAAUUGGGAGAGGGCGAGGAUGAUCCGAACUGGCGGUACUUUCUGUAG